CGGCGCUCGACUACCCGGCGGAUUGAUGCGCUCGGCGCUCGCGGCGGGCGGAAGUGAGGCUCCGGCAGCUGGCAGUCCGCGGCCCUGGAGGCUUCCGCGAACCUCCCCCGGACCCCUGUCUGAGCUGGCGGUGGCGGCGGCAGUCGGGCUGGAGAUUACUUCUUAACUGGAUCACUAGUUCACUUUUUGAAGCACAAUGUCUCGAUCACGGCAACCCCCACUUGUGACAGGGAUCUCUCCAAAUGAAGGAAUACCAUGGACAAAGGUCACAAUUAGAGGAGAAAACCUGGGCACUGGCCCCACCGACCUCAUAGGCUUGACAAUUUGUGGACAUAAUUGCCUCCUGACGGCAGAAUGGAUGUCUGCAAGUAAAAUAGUGUGUCGAGUGGGACAAGCCAAAAAUGACAAAGGAGACAUUAUUGUCACAACUAAGUCGGGUGGCAAAGGAACCUCAACAGUCUCUUUCAAGCUCCUCAAACCUGAAAAAAUAGGCAUUUUGGAUCAGUCUGCUGUUUGGGUUGAUGAAAUGAAUUAUUAUGAUAUGCGUACUGACAGGAAUAAAGGAAUUCCUCCCUUGUCCUUACGUCCUGCUAAUCCACUUGGCAUUGACAUUCAAAAAAGCAAGUUUCCCCAGAAGGACUUAGAAAUGCUCUUCCCUGGAAUGAGUGCUGAUUUCACAAGUGAGAAUUUUUCAGCUACCUGGUAUCUCAUAGAGAACCACGCAACCACCAGUUUUGAUGACUUCAGAACAGCAGUCUCCAACCUCAAGAGGCAGGCUAACAAGAAGAGUGAGGGCAGUCUGGCAUAUGUGAAAGGGGGUCUUAGUACAUUCUUUGAAGCACAAGAUGCCCUUUCAGCCAUCCAUCAAAAACUAGAAGCGGAUGGAACGGAAAAAGUUGAAGGAUCCAUGACGCAAAAACUGGAGAAUGUUCUGAACAAAGCAAGUAAUACUGCGGACACGUUAUUUCAAGAAGUCCUAGGUCGAAAGGACAAGGCAGAUUCCACUAGAAAUGCACUCAAUGUGCUUCAGCGAUUUAAGUUUCUUUUCAACCUUCCUUUAAAUAUUGAAAGGAAUAUUCAAAAGGGUGAUUAUGAUGUCGUCAUUAAUGACUAUGAAAAGGCCAAGUCACUCUUUGGGAAAACGGAGGUGCAAGUUUUCAAGAAAUAUUAUGCGGAAGUAGAAACACGGAUUGAAGCUUUAAGAGAAUUACUUUUGGAUAAAUUGCUUGAGACACCUUCAACCUUACAUGACCAAAAACGUUAUAUCAGGUAUCUGUCUGACCUCCAUGCCUCAGGUGACCCGGCCUGGCAGUGCAUUGGAGCCCAGCACAAGUGGAUUCUUCAGCUCAUGUACAACUGCAAAGAGGGCUUUGUGAAAGACCUGAAAGGUAAUCCAAGCCUGCUUAGUCCCAUGCUGGAUCUUGAUAACGAUGUGCGUCCCUCAGUGUCAGGCCAUCUCAGUCAGACAGCGUCCCUGAAGAGGGGCAGCAGCUUUCAGUCCAGUCGAGAUGACACAUGGAGAUACAAAACUCCCCACAGGGUGGCAUUUGUUGAAAAAUUGACCAAGCUUGUCUUAAGUCAACUGCCUAACUUCUGGAAACUCUGGAUUUCAUACGUUAAUGGAAGCCUUUUCAGUGAGACUGCUGAGAAGUCAGGCCAGAUUGAAAGAUCAAAGAAUGUAAGGCAAAGACAACAUGAUUUUAAGAAAAUGAUUCAGGAAGUGACGCACUCCCUUGUGAAGCUGAUCCGUGGGGCCUUGCUCCCGCUCAGUAUCCGGGAGGGCGAAGCCCGGCAAUACGGGGGCUGGGAGGUGAAGUCUGAGCUCUCUGGACAGUGGUUCACACAUGUCAUCCAGACCAUCAGACUUACUUACGAAUCGUUGACUGCCCUUGAAAUUCCUAACGACAUGUUACAGACUAUCCAGGAUCUCAUUUUGGACCUCCGAGUACGUUGUGUAAUGGUCACAUUGCAGCACACAGCAGAAGAAAUAAAGAGAUUAGCUGAAAAAGAAGACUGGAUUGUUGAUAAUGAAGGCCUGACUUCUCUACCCUGUCAGUUUGAACAGUGCAUCGUGCAUUCCCUGCAGUCACUAAAGGAUGUUCUCGAGUGCAAGCCUGGAGAGGCCAGUGUCUUUCAACAACCCAAAACACAGGAGGAGGUUUGCCAACUAAGCAUCAAUAUCAUGCAGGUUUUUAUACACUGUCUGGAACAAUUGAGCACCAAGCCCGAUGCAGAUAUAGAUACUACACAUCUUUCUGUGGAUGUGUCUUCCCCUGAUUUGUUUGGAAGUAUCCAUGAAGACUUCAGUUUGACCUCUGAACAGCGGCUUUUGAUAGUCCUAAGUAACUGCUGCUAUCUAGAACGCCACACCUUCCUAAAUAUAGCAGAACAUUUUGAGAAGCACAACUUCCAGGGAAUAGAAAAAAUAACACAGGUUAGCAUGGCCUCAUUGAAAGAACUAGACCAAAGACUCUUUGAAAAUUACAUUGAGUUGAAAGCAGAUCCCAUUGUUGGCUCCUUAGAACCUGGAAUUUAUGCAGGCUAUUUUGAUUGGAAAGACUGUCUGCCUCCAACAGGUGUCAGAAACUAUUUAAAAGAAGCAUUGGUGAAUAUAAUUGCCGUGCAUGCAGAGGUGUUCACUGUUUCCAAAGAAUUGGUGCCUCGGGUACUAUCCAAGGUGGUAGAAGCUGUUUCUGAAGAGCUCAGCCGACUGAUGCAGUGUGUUUCAUCCUUCAGCAAAAAUGGAGCAUUACAGGCAAGACUUGAAAUCUGUGCUUUGAGGGAUACCGUGGCUGUCUACCUAACUUCCGAAAGCAAGUCUAGUUUUAAACAAGCUUUGGAAGCCCUGCCUCAGCUUUCAAGUGGAGCAGAUAAAAAGUUACUGGAAGAGCUCCUGAACAAGUUCAAGAGCAGCAUGCACUUGCAGCUCACCUGUUUCCAAGCAGCUUCUUUGAUCAUGAUGAAAACAUAAAUACCUCCCAAAGAAGGGCAAUCCAGAAAGAUAACAAGUAAUAAACUAUUCACUUUUUUAAGUGCCCUAAAGGUAUUGGGUGUAUAAAACAUUGGGUUUGCAAUUUCUGUCCCCUCCUUCUUUCUUUUCCUUAUUACCUUACAAAGAUGUUGUGUAUGUUUUAUUUCAACCAAAAUGGCCUAAUUUGAAAUACCCUAGCAGUAUUUGUUUCUCCCUUUGUAUUACAUUAGAUCCUAUAUGUGACUGUUUAAAAUACCUUUUAAAAUAUAUUUUGUGUCCUGCCUAAGUUUCAUGGUGAAUGUGCUUCAGGAAGAACUGCUUCCCGGGGGGCGAUUUGAGAUGGUGCAGCGUAUACUAAGGCAGUUCUCAGUGUUUCACUCACUAGAUGUCAGCGGGUAGGCAGCUCACAAGGCUCAGGGAAAGGUUGAUAAGAAGAGAUCUGGAAAGUUACGUUUAGGAAUCUUUGGAGCUUUAACUGUCCUAAAUUGUACAAUUACCUUUAAACACUUUAUUUCAAGGGCAGUACUGUGACUCAAAGGAGUAGGGCACCGACCCCAUACGCCAGAGGUGGUGGGUUCAAACCCAACCCCAGCCAAAAAAAAAAAAAACUUUAUUUCAUAGAAAUAGCCAUAAGUCUCCUAAUUCAAGUUGGUUUUUUAAAAAAGUUAUCAUUAGGCCACAUUCUGUGCGGUUCAGAUGGCCACGAAUUAGUUUUGCAUUUGCCCUGUUUAACUUUUGUUUUUCCCAGUGCUAAACACUGAGCAGCUCCUCGGUGUCACCUGUGCAGUUCUCACUCACUCUCCAGGACGUGCAUCACUCCACGUCAGCCUGUCCCAGCCCCGUGUGUCUCCGUCAGGGCCCAAGUGGACAGCCGGCCCCCUCCCCACCACUGUCCACACCUUCCCCCUAGAAGUUGAUUUUCUUUUCGGUAACAUAAAGAAUGCCACUCUGACAGUCUAUUUUCUGAAGGUUUGAGACACUCCUUGGUCACCAGGCAGUAGGUGCUGUAAAUGAGCCACAGGCAUCUGUCCCACUUUCGCUGAUGACUGGGCUUACUGGAAUAGGCACAGGUCAUGGGUGACCUCUCUCAAAGUCAUCUUCCCACAUCUAACUCUUCAUGCCCUUUGCAUCUAAAAACAGCAAUUCUCUAUUGGUAGUCUGCUAGGCAGGGUUUUGAAAAUUUGAAAAGGAUGAUAGAAUCCCCUUAAAGUUAAUGUAUUAUUACUACAAGUCAUUUAAAGCACAGUAUCUAAAGUCUUUGCCAUAUAUAGUAUCAAUUCUUUGAAAUAAGUAAAUGCUGUUGUAUUUGUUCAUUCAGUAUAUAAGGGAGAAAUCAUAGUAAUUGAAAGUGAAAGUUUUACAAAGGUUCUUGAUAAAGGUAUCAGAUAUACUGAAUACUGUGUCUUCUAAGUGUGUUAACUGUUAUAUCUAACCUGGCUGGGAACUAAAUUGUGAAACUGCGAUCCUGAAUGUUUGUGUUAUUUUAAAUAUCUAGUAUAGCGCCUU